AUGUCCGCAAUUGCAUUACUCGUCGCUGGUGCGUCGCUGGCUCUGGCUGGUGGCGUGAAUCGUUCCUUGCCUUUGCCGCCAGGCUCUCGAACGACACACAAGGGCCCUACUCCACUAGCAACUGAUACUGCCGUGACUGGCACCGCAGCUGUCUACGGAAUCAACGACAACGAGAACAGCAACGGUGGACUGGGAUGCCGAGCAUACUACGGCGAUGGCACCAGUAACGAUGGCUGGCCAACGACCAGUCAAUGGGUCUCGUUCAACUACAUCUGGCAGGUGAACUACAACAACAUCCAGAACUCAUGCUCUCAGUACGGUGUUCCAAACAACUCUGAUGACGAGAUGAACGAUUUGUACAACGCAAUCAACAAUGUCGCCAAUCAAUACAACGUUGAUCAUCGAUACAUCCUGGCCGAGAUCCUUACGGAAUCGUCGGGAUGCGUUCGUAUCAUCACCACGGGUGGACCAAGCACUGGGAUCUGGAACCCUGGUCUCUUGCAGGACUACGAUGGCUAUUACACUUGCAACUGCGAGACUGUCAACGGUGUCUACAAUGAGUACGGAGAGACGUGUGGCGUGGUCACUCCAUGUCCGGCAGAUACCAUCCAGAACAUGAUACGAGAGGGUGCAGUGGGCACCAGCAAUGGUUAUGGGCUUGCCUCACUUAUAAACUUCGCCGAGGGUCAAGGUGCGAGCGAUGCACAGACCUUUUACGUAGCCAGUGAAUGGUACAAUCAGGGAGCUUACGAGCCAAACGUCGGUGGAAGUCUCGGCGCCAACUGCUACGCAUCCAACGUGGCUCAGUGGAUCACAGGAUGUACAGCUCCUGCAGCAUGCUAA